AGAGCUUGUGUCUCCCUCUCUCUAGUCUUGCAAGGCAAUGAUUUUCAUCUGCAAUAGAGAUUGGAUAUAUACUGAGGAAUAUCAAAGCUAAAAGAUGAUCUUUCCAGAAAGUUGUGAUGGUUGGAUCGGUGAGAGGAUUGAUUAUCAGGCGAAUUCCACAGUGGGUCUACAGUACUUCUUGAAAUUCAGAUUUGAUACUGACUUGUAUUGGAUUAGCUUCGGGAAUAUUAGCUUUCUACUAGAAUCAGAAUAUUUCACCCAAGAAUAGAGCGAUCACAUAUGUAAACUGACGGCAGCAUUAGGAUGAUUACAUGGUGUGCAGAUUUGAUAAUCAUGAGAUCGACAAUGUGAAUAAGGGAACCAGCAUUAUUUCAACAUAAAUCGGAAUACAUCAUGAGUGCAAUAAAGAGAAAAAUAGCGAGGAGGAAACACAGGGAUGACUCUGAUGUCUUUCUUGAAGACGACCAUCGCAGAGACGUUGAUCGCGGUGAAAAUAAAGGCUUUUUUCAAAAAUACCUGAGUCGGUCACUUCAGAACCUGGAUGACUUGUACUGUUUAGAUGAUGAUGGUGAGGUGGAAUUGGACAAUGAAUCGGUUAUUUCGCUUCCAUUGACGGCUACAACGGUCACAGACAAUGAAGGAAGUGAUUAUGACCAACAGUUUGCAGAACCAACCCGCCAGCUGAAGGUAGCCCAGGUCCUGCCCAAUAACAACCAGCUAGACAAGCCUAACACUCACUCUCCUCGAUCUAAUGGACAUGCUGGUAGAUAUGGGAACCACAUCAGAUCACCAGAGGGGGAAAGGCUGAUGAGUCCUAGAGCUCGCAUAGGUGAUGGGAGUGAAGACAUCACAACCAUGACAGACGGAUAUGAUCCUGCCUUUGUUGAUAAUGAUCUAAAUAUAUCUAAUCAAGACAUGUUCCACCCUCUAGACUGGGACUAUACUCUGAAUGAGUCGAACAUGGUUGCUGAUACCACUUUAAAGGAAGUAAACCCUUCUCACCGCUCGCCAAAAUCUCAUUCUCAACUUUCCUCGUACUCCAAGGUUUCCCAUCAUCCGUUGAACAAGAGCCCUCGUCAGCACGGUGCGUUUGGAGGUAUCGGCUACGGCCCCCCGGACUAUACCGCGUAUCCUGGACCUACGGAUUUGGGUCUUGGUUCCAGGAGUGCUGGAAACCCGGUCCCAUUCCACACCAAAAUGAACUUGACUCAAUGGCAGCAGAAUUUAGACUCUCACUUCGGUCUCCAGCAGCAGAUGCAGCACCUCCAACUCAAUACUGGUUACCACCCCUCCGGUAGGAGUGGAACAGGCCAUGAUAUGCAUGUGCAUAGUGCUGGGAUGGGGUAUCCUGUUGGAGAUUCCAAUUUUAGUUUUGGGCCUGUGAGGGGUUCAGAGUCGACUAAUUUGGAGGGACUGAUUCGAGCCAAGGAAAAUAUGCUUCAUGAGAGGAAUAUCAUAAUUGAGAGGCAAAAAUUAGAGAUUGCACACCUUACGAAACAGAAUGAUGAGCAAGAGAACAUUGCAAGGCAACGCAUCUAUACAAGAUCAAGGGAUGAAGGGGAUAUGCUCUUUCUCAAAAUGCAGGAGUACCAGUAUGAGAUAGCAUCAUUGAGAGCUCAGUUGGCUGAGAUAUCUACUGCUAAACUGGCUGAAGGAGAGCAAUUGAGCAGAAAGUUAGGUGAGGUUGAGGAGUCACAAGUAACCAAUGAAAUGACCAUCAAUGACCUCAAAACAAAGUUGAAGUUGAAGGAAGCAGAGCUACAGGAGGUCAAAGGUCAACUGUUACAUAGCAAGAAGGACUAUGAGAAGCUGAAGAAGAAACUAAGUAAGAUUGAGAAAUAUAUGCAGAACCUUCCAACGGCUGAGGAGUACAGAGAGAGCUGUGAUACUAUCCGAGAUUUACGAGAGGAAGAGGAGUUGCUAAGGGAACGCAUCGUCAGUCUAGAAGCAUCUCUUUCCAAGGCUAAACAGAAAACUCACAGGAGCAAACAGGAAUCCUCAGACCUUGAGGAGAAGAAUCUUAGUCAACAGAUGGAGAUAGAAAGGAUGAAGAAGGAGCUGUCUAAGCUACAGAAAGCAAUAGGAUCCAAAGAGACUGGUGACCCAACUGAUCUUGAGCUGUGCAGUAGGGAAGACAUUGAACAACUUAGGGAAGAGAAUAAGAGACAUUCUUCUACUGUUGAUCAUUUGAAGAAGGUAAUAGACAGCAAACAUCAUCAUCUGCAGAAGAUCCAGAAAGAACACCAGAGGGCGCUAGAUGAGAUGGAAUCUCGUCUAAUGCAGGAGGAAGGUGUCAUCACAGCACUCAGGGUUGAGCUCAAGAAUAAAGAUUCUGCUAUACAAGACAUGACAAGAUCUAUGAAAGAGCUUGCAUCACAAAGCCAGGAGCUCUAUGGCCACAACCUUUCCCUCCAGGAGAGCGUCCAGAGCCUUGAGAGACAAGUCUCUUCUGACAAGGCUCGUUGUACCAGUCAGUUGGUCAAGGAGCUUAGUCAGUGUGUACAGGAACUACAGAGAUUAGUUGAGCUGAUAAACCAACGGGCAGAGGGCCAGGAACCUAAUGUCUCACUUCUUUUAGGAUUUAGACCAUCUUCAGCGAUGUCCUUCGAUGUCGACGACGAUGAAAAGGCUGGAAGUGAGGACAUGAUCCGAGCCAUGUUGACACAGGUCCAUAAGCUAAGAGGUGACAUUGAUCUCAUACGAAGCCUCAUCUCAGAUAGAUACGCAGAGGACGUCGGUGCAAGCUGCAUCACGCAAUGACGAAAACAGGACUAAAGUACUUGACUGAUUUUUUUUCAAAUGAUUCCUUAAUGGGAUUUAAUUGGAGUCUAUGCAUUCUAAUUUGUAUUCUAUGAGGAGACUGUGUGGUGUUUUUUAUUUGGAACAAAGUUGGUACAUUCCGAGAACUGCAUUUUGAAUAAAAAUGAAGAUAGAGAUCAGCGGAAGAUGUCUUUGCCACGCGCUUCACACAAUGAAGAACAGGAGACAAGGGUCCAUUCGUUCUAAUUGCCCUUCUUUGUGGAGAUUGUGUGGUGUUUUUUAUUCUAAAGAAAGUUGGAACAGUCCUAGAACUUUCGGCCAAUACGAGGAUAUGAUUUUGAUUGUUUCCUCUACUUUCCCUGAACCAAAGGGAUGUUCUGCUCAUCCCUUGCAGGUCUUAUUUUGUAAUCGAAGUAAAAAGCAAAGUCAAAUGAGGAAAACAUGAAAAAUGUUCUAUGCAUUAUAAUUAGUCUCCUGUUUAGAGAUUGUGUGUCUCUUCUUGAUGUGGAACAAAUAUGGAACAUUCCUCAAAAUGUUGGCCAAUAAGAGAGAUGAAUUUCCUUGUUAGCAUUCCAAAUGAUAAGUAGAGGAAAUGAGGAAAGUAGGACAAGGGUCUAUGCAUUCGUAAGUGUCUUCUUUGUGGAAAUCAUAUGAUAUUGUUUAUUUUCAACGGGAAAUUGAUUUGGUACAUUCCUACAAGUAUUGGCUAACAUGUGCAUGUAAGGAUGUAUUUGUGUCAUUGAAAAUGAAAAUGAUAGAAUUUGUGAGAGGUUGUUAAAAUUGGAAAUCAGAAAAAAAUACUAUUGAGAGAGAGAAGAGGAGGGGAGGGGAAGAAGAGAGAGAGAGGGGGGUAUGAUUGAUCAAAGGUAGAAGAUGAGUUCAUAUUUGAGAGGAUUUUUUCUUAAAUCACUACAGAAUAACUUUAGUUUUGAAAUACAUGUAUGAAGAACAUCAUAUACAAUUGACAUGGUCUUUAGACAUCUCAAAUUGUCUUUUUGAAAUUUUUCUCAUCUCCAAAUGUGUUUUUGAUGUACUAGUACUUGUAUAUGCAAAAGGGAUACUUCUCCUUAGAUAUUUUAACUCUUGUGGAGCAUUUCAUGAAAGUUUUUUUUUCUAGUGAUUUUCACUGAUAACUUGCUCUUGGAGAAUCAGAUGUAUGGAUUUCAUUAGCUUACAACAUCCGUUGGUGAAGUCAUUGACAAAACUCUUUGUGAAGAGUUCCCCUGGACCAUCUGCUUGUAGCAAGGCUUUGUCAAGUAUCAUUCCAUUGCCCUGUUUAACUGUACAGUACUACUGUCAAUAUGUACUAAAUGCAACUGAAUAGUGAAUUGUAUUUGUGAUACAUUUCAAAUGUAUCAAGUAUCUCAUAUUUUCAUCAAAUCAGUGUGUUUUUUUCCUGAAGUAAUCAUCAUCCAACUCAUUUUAUUUCUUUUUUGUUGUUCUUGGGGUGGUCAUUGGAAAACAUGGUUUGGUAUGAUCUGUUUUGUUUACUGUACAGAGUAAUUUCCUUUGCUUUACAAAGCACAAAAUUUAUUCACCUUGUAACUUUAAAUUGUUACAGCUAUUCCAGCCUGUAUAAUGACACUGUAAAUAUUCCUAUUCUUUAUGCUGGGAUGUAAACAGAGGCCUUCAGGUCUUAACCUAAUUCCAUUUUUAUACUUGGCCAUUUUCAAGCACUUAAUUUAUGUUAAGUAUAAAGCCUCAUGUGUGCAUACUUUGUAUAUAUACUGAAAUAGUAAUAUAUUCUGGACAAGUUAUGAAUAUUAAGAAAUAUAUGCAAAUUUUUGUGAUAUUUUCUACAUCAGAUAAGUAUGACAAACAGUUAUCAGUAUUUAUUACAGAGAUUACUAGAUAGAAAUAUUACAACAUAUAAUUUCUCAAUAUUUAUCAUUAUUUUUCUUAUUUAUAUUCCCCCCCAAAAAAAAAAAACUUUGAAGGGGGUAUAGAGGAAUCGACAUAUGGUGAGGAUGCAGUCGGUCUGUUGCAAAUCUUGUGGAUGAAACUACUUUUUGCUCAUUAGACUUUGCACAAACAUUAUUGGAGUGAAUAUGUGCAAGACCCAUGGUUUAAUGCAUCAGAUACUAUAUUGCCAUGGUAACAGGCAUCUUAUGUCAACAAAACAUGAAAAAAAUUUGCGUAUCAAACUACUUCCUCAGUUUAUUCCCAAUGCUCUUGAGACUUGGCUCACAUAGAGAUCGGAGUGAAAUGUGUUUGGUAUUGCAUUGCCAUUCCUCAGAUAAGAAUGUUGUGAUAGGGCAGGGGUAUUAAUUGCCUUCAGUGAUAUUUCUAAUUUGUUGGCUUGAUCUCAGUACACUAAAUUCAAAUUAUUGAGUUGAAUAUUGUUUAUUUGUUAUUACAUUUCUAGAAAAAUGGUUUUGGGGACAUAUGCUCUUCUUUAAUACAUGUUUAUUGGUCUUGUACGAGUAACUGUAUAUUUGUUUUAUUAUUUGGGAUUUAUAUUGUUUUGUCUUUUGUAUUUUUCAAUAUUUCUCAGGUUAGUUGUGCUUAUCAGAGGCUGUAUUGUAACGAGCUAGUUGUAUAGGGAUAUGUACACUGAAAGUGAAUUUAAUGCUUAGCAAUUGAUUAUAAAAGAAAUUGUCAUGAUUGAUUGCAUUGAUCACAAUACAAUCAAUUGUGAAAUUAAUUGCAUGAUCAGUCAUUAAGCCUUGUGUGACAGUAUGCAAAUGUUGAUAUUUGAUUUGUACUACCAAUUACGUCGUAAUGGAAAGAAAUAAAAUGUUAACAUUCAACAUUCAAAUAAUGUAAUCUUGAUCUCUCUAAAAAAAAAAUCCUUGUCACGGAUUUGAAGAAAAUUAGGUAUUCUGGCCAACGUUUUAGAUGUAUGAAGUUGAAUUAAUCAGUGCAUUUCUUGUAUGAAUAUUAUUCAGAAUUUAAUCUAGAUGAGGUGAAUUGAAUAUUAUUUUGAAUGAUUUGAAUAAGAUGUUACAACAUAUUUAUAAAUCAUUCAAGAAAAAAAUAUUCUUAUACCUUUUCUUGAAAUGGUAAUCCAUUCAAUUAGGGUAUUAUUGAAAUAUUGAAGAUAAGUUAUUAAAUAAUAUUAAUCAUUGUAUGACAUAGAUAUGAAUGAAGAUCUGUCAUUUAUAUAUAUAUGUAUGUUUGGUUUACUGUAAAAGAAUGAAAGUACUAUGCUGUGAUAAAAAUAUUUUAAAUAUAGGCACUUAUUAAUUUGAUUGGACAUGAUUGUCAAGUAAAAGGUAUCUAGAAAUGUAUAUCAUCAUAUUCAAUUUUAAAAAUAAUGUAGUCUUCCAGACAGUUAAUGCCAGGGGUGUUGAGAGUAACGAUUGUUCAUUGUGGGCCACAGUGACCCUCAUCUAUCAUAAUAAUUGAUAUAUCAGAUUCUUAUGGAUCACAUAUUAAUUCAUAUCGAUUGUAAAAUCAAGUUUAUGUUCUGUCCAUCGCAACUUCAGAAUGAAAUUCGUACUAUUCAAAUUGAGAUAUAUUUUGCAUAAUCUAUGAUGUAAUCCUUAAGUAUACCACAUUCCUAAUGAUUACUUGAUACUUUUCUUUAACUCUUCUUGAUAUUAUCGAUAAUUUUUGUUUGUUUUCCUGACUACCAAGAAAGGAUGAAUGUUUUCUUGUGUUAAAUCAUUAUUCUGUACAAUGUAUGAGUAGUCUCUGUAUCUUUGUGUGUGCUUCUUUUGUAUUCAGUUUACUUGUUUUAUCAGUAUUUGGUGAAGGAGAAACGGGACGGGCAAAGAAACCUUGUUAGACUUUGUAUCCUAUUUAGUAAAUUUGUUGGAUUUUGUAUCCUAUUUAGUCAUCUUUUGUUGGAUUUACAUUCCAUUACUUGUGUAUGGCUAUGGUCUUGUAUAGGUUUUCUACAGUAUUUGUUCAAUUUUGGUUUCCUCUUUGUAUUUUACAUCAGUUGCAGCUACCUUUUCUAUUUCAGUUCUUCAAAAGUAUUUAUACGUGGCCCUGAAACAUAAGAGAUACAAUCUAUUGUAGAAUUAAGCAUAGCUACAGUCUAUGGAUAGCUAUGUACACAAAAAAACAAUCAUUUUGUCUUUGAUUGAAUGUCUGUAUGUUACAGGGCCUUCAAAAUGUUGUUUUUGGUUGAGAGCAAGUUGGUCUUGAAGAUUUAGAGGGUUAGAGGUUGUAUUGUACUUCCUUACUAUCAGACUGUCUGGUGUUUAUAUAUAUAUAUUUGGUUUAGAAGCGAUGUAUCCGGUAGAACUGGACACUGAUAUCUGUUCAUUGAUAUAGAAUUUUGUACAGAGCUGGUAUGAUAGUGCCAAAGAGUCUAUAUAUUUAUUCAAAUUUUGACUACAGCAAUAAAUAACAAGUUUAUAGUGAAA